GUGACAAGAAGAAGAAGAAGAGACAGCUCAUAGAGUCAGACUCAGAGGAGGAGAAGCCAGAGAGGAAGACGGAGACCUUCCCUCCCAAGAAGGGUCCAGUGCAGUACAUCUCAGAGACUGACUCGGACAAUGAUGACUUCUUGUCUCUCAAGUCCUCAAGGCCCCAGAAGAAUAGUGAGGCCAAACCAGGGAAGAAGAAGCAGACUGAAAAUACUUUUUUGUCACCCAAGGAGACGACAAAGUCUCCUCCAAAAUCUACCCAGACCAGAGUACCGGUCACCCCCACCACUGCCCCACCCCCGCCCAGACUCACCCCCACCUCUGUGAUGGACUACUUUGGUAGUGGAGGUGUGCAGCGCUCGGACAGGAAGCUGGUAGCCAGUACCAAGAGGAAGGCUGUAUGUCAGGAGGAGUUGAGUGAUGAGCUGCUACAGCAGAUGGACAUGGAGAUUGAGAAGCAGGUCCAUGAGGAUGAGCAGUUUGCUAAAACACUGGCCUUGUUGGAUGAAGAACCUCAUGCCAAGAAGGCUCGUAAGCACUCUGGUCCUCAUUCCUCUUCACCUGAGAAGACCAGAGCAGACUCUGCCCACAGCAGCACUUCUCACUCACAGUCCAAUGGGAUGGGCAGCCACAAGAAGGAAGUGAUUGGUCCGUCCCCUCAAAAGGUCCUGCCUCCUAAGGCCAGUUCCAAACUGGCCAUGAUGAAGAGGAAGCAGGAGGGAGGAGAGAGGAGGGAGGGAGAGGAGGGAGUGGGGAAGGUCAAAGUGACCGUCUCUCCUAAGAAAGAGCCCGUCAGCCCUGCCACCACAAACAGGAAAGCCACACCCAAAACAGGAAGUGUUGUUGGAAUAACCACAUCCAACACAUUCAAAUCCUCUCCCAAGAAAUCAGAGAGCACCAGUCCGGAAGAUGCAGAUAAGAGGAGAGGCAACUCAUCAGCUUUCAGAAACUACCUGAACAGAGAGGGGCCUAGGGCUCUGGGCUCUAAGGAGAUACCCCAGGGAGCAGAUAACUGCCUUGAGGGCUGUGUGUUUGUGCUGACCGGGGUGCUUGAGUCCCUGGAGCGUGAGGAGGCCAGGAGGCUGGUGGAGCGCUACGGUGGGAAGGUGACCAGCAACAUCAGCAGAAGGACCAGCUACCUGGUGCUGGGGAGAGAUAGUGGGCAGGCCAAGGCCGACAAGGCACUCAGUCUGGGAACUCAGAUCCUGGACGAGGACGGGCUGCUGGACCUGAUCAGAACCAAACCAGGAAAGAAGUCCAAGUACGAGAUUGCUGCUGAGAGCCAAGGCUCCACGGGGGUCCCCCUGAAGGCCUCCCCAGCCAAGAGCUCCUUCCCUGGCCCCCAGACUGCCAGCCCCUCCAAAACUGCCAGGGGCUCCAGGAGGGCACUGGGGACUGGGGGGACCCCCCCUGGCCGGGGCUCAGGGCCCAGGAGGGGGCUGGAGGGGCAAGGGGGGUCUGCUUCCUCAUCCCCUGGCUCUGGUUCUUCCUCAUUGGCUGACGAGGGAGCCAGUCUGCUGUGGGUGGACAGGUAUCGCCCCCGCUCUCUGAAGGCUGUGAUUGGUCAGCAGGGAGAUCAGAGCUGUGCCAAUAAGCUACUGCGCUGGUUGCAGAACUGGCAUAGGAACCAUGCUGGGGGAGGAGCCAAGCCUGCAGCAAGGUCGGGUAAGUUUGGCUCUGGGAAGGACGAUGGUUCUUCCUUCAAAGCUGCUCUUCUCUCAGGGCCCCCAGGAGUCGGCAAGACGACCACAGCUGCCCUGGUGUGUGAGGAGCUGGGCUACAGCUACGUAGAGAUGAACGCCAGCUGCACUCGGAGUAAGAACAGUCUGAAAGAGCUGAUCGCUGAGUCUCUCAACAACACCAGCAUCAAGAACUACUACUCAGGCUCAGCUCAGACCGUGAGUAAUAAACACGUCCUCAUCAUGGACGAGGUGGACGGCAUGGCUGGCAACGAGGACAGAGGAGGGAUACAGGAGAUGAUUGGUCUGAUCAAGCAGUCAAAGAUACCCAUAAUCUGCAUGUGCAACGACCGAAACCACCAGAAGAUCCGCUCACUGGCCAACUACUGCUACGACCUGCGCUUCCAGAGACCCCGCCUGGAGCAGAUUAAGGGAGCCAUGAUGUCCAUUGCCUUCAAGGAGGGCUUUAAGAUCCUGCCCCCUGCCCUCAAUGAAAUCAUCCUGGCGUCCAAUCAGGACAUUCGACAGGUGCUACACAACCUCAGCAUGUGGUCGUCGACCCACAAGACGCUGUCGUACGACCAGGCGAGGCAAGACGCCCACGGUGCACGCAAGGACACCCGUCUGGGCCCUUUCGAUGUGUGCAGGAGGGUGUUCUCCUCCGGGGGCGACACACCCAGCAGCCUCCAGGACAAGUCAGACCUGUUUUUCCAUGACUACUCGUUGGCCCCCCUGUUCGUCCAGGAGAACUACCCACACGUCCAUCCUGCUGCCGCUGGGGGCAACAUGCAGGCCCUACUGGUGCUGCUCAGUAGAACAGCUGACUCCAUCUGUGAUGGCGACCUGGUGGACAGACAGAUCCGCUCUCGACAGACCUGGUCUCUGCUGCCCACUCAGGCAAUCUAUGCGAGCGUGUUGCCGGGGGAGCUCAUGCGAGGCUACAUGUCCCAGUUCCCCUCCUUCCCCAGCUGGCUGGGAAAACACUCGUCCACCAGCAAGCACUCCAGGAUCCUGCACGAGCUGACUUCACACAUGAGCCUUAAAACACUGAGCAGCAGUGAGACGGUGAACCAGGACUACAUGCCGUACUUUCGGAGGAUGCUGCUUUGUCCCCUCGAGAGGCAGGGUGCUGAGGGAGCGGGCCAGGCCGUCCAGCUCAUGGACCAAUAUCACCUCAUCAGGGAGGAUGUGGACAGCAUCAUGGAGAUCAGCGUCUGGGGCGGCCAGACCGAUCCCUAUGCCAAGCUGGACCCCAAGGUAAAAGCUGCCUUCACGCGAGCAUACAACCGCGAGGUGCACCUGACCCCAUACUCCCUGCAGCCAAUCAAGAAGGGGCGUCGUGGAGGGGGCGGGGGGGACCUGCAAGGGGCGGAGCCCGACAGCCAGGUGCCUGAGGAAGAGGAGGAGGAUGAGGAGGAAGGCCUUGAUUUAGACGCCAUGAUCAAACGAAAGAAAGCUAAGCCAACCAAGGAGCCCAAGAAGGAGAAAGCAGGGGAUUCUGGGAAGGGGAAAGGGAAAGGGAAGGGCAAAGGCAGAAAGUAAACAUUUGAUCAAAAAGAAGAAAAAUCUACUUAACAGGAAAUCCCCAUGGCUUUUGUUAGUAUUGUGUACCUCUGUGAAGGACGGUGUGUUGCUAUGGCCCCCUCACCCAGCACAGCCGUCUAGUCAGGAGAAACACUCACACUAACCCUCCUGAAGAACUGGGUUACUAUGUGGGUUACCAGUGUGAUGAACAGUAACACAGGUGUGAGCGUCUCAUAUAGGCAAGAUGGACCUGAGAGCAGCUCUGGAUGUGAUCAGGUGGACGUGAUCAGGUGGACGUGAUCUGGUGGACGCGAUCUGGUGGAUGUGAUCUGGUGGACGUGAUCUGGAUCCUCAGAUCCUCACAAUAGCAACGCGGCAGAGAUCAUGUUACUGUAGUUUUGGAGGUUCUAUAUGACUCAGCCCUGAAAAGAUCUUCAAAACAGUUUGGUCUGCUUUGAUUAGUAAGACCUGUAUGUAACCGCAGUGUAAAGUUAGUUUCUUUUUUUACUCCGAAUUAAACAGUAUAGUUUUGUUUCUUGUUGUUAUAUUUAAUAGAGGACCAGUUCACUGGAGAAUGUCAAAACUGAGGUUUCCUGUUCCUGCUAUUUUCACUGAUGAGUAAUAAAAUGUUGGCUGUUUGUA